AGGAGGUUUUCCAAAACGGAUGAGCGAUUUGAUUAGCUUGAGACAUCUAAACUACUACCAUGAUGAUGAAGAAUUUAUUAUGCCGGUGCAGAUGGGACGAUUGACUUGUCUUCAAACUCUAGAGUUCUUUAAUGUAAGUCAAAAAAGGGGAUGUGGCAUCGAAGAGCUUGGGACCUUGAAAUAUCUGAAAGGAUCGUUGACUAUAAGAAAUCUUGGACUAGUGAAGGGCAAAGAAGCAGCUAAACAAGCAAAAUUGUUCGAAAAGCCAAAUCUGUCUCGCUUGGUGUUUAAAUGGAAGAGUGGGGAUCGAGAAAGCGAUAACUGUGAUGAGAAUGUGCUGGAAGGUCUCCAACCUCACCCAAAUUUGCAAGAGUUGGAAAUUCGAUAUUUCAUGGGUAAUAAAUUUCCGCAAUGGUUUAUGAAUUUGGCAAAUUUGGUGGGGUUGCGGAUAGAAGAUUGCCAGAGAUGCAGUGAACUCCCUACAGUCGGACAACUGCCAUCCCUCAAACGUCUCUAUUUGAAAAGAUUGGACAACAUUCGAUCUGUUGGAGAUGAAUUCUACGGUGUUACUACUAAUGAGGAGGAGGAGGGCAGAUCACGAGCAUCAGGGAGCUGCACUAGAAGACGGAAAUUCUUUCCAGCCCUUGAAGAACUUCGUGUAGAAUAUAUGGAGAAUUGGGUAGAGUGGAAGGAUGCAGACCAAGUAGAUGUCUUUCCCAUGCUGAGGGAUUUUCACAUUCUAAGUUGCCGUAAGCUAACAAGUAUAAAAACGGGUCACGGCACUGCUUCUAUUGAGGAGUUGAGUAUCGACACUUGCGACAAUCUUAGGGAGCUGCCAGAAGAUGUGUUUGGAUCGAGUUUGCAGCAGCUGACCAUAAAAACUUGCGCAAGAUUAAUUAAUCUGGGAGUAAAUGGACAGAAAUGCCCCCUACCAUGUCUUACGCGAUUGUUUAUUUGGGGUUGCGAUGGGUUGACCACUAUAUCCGACAAAAUGUUCGAGUCAUGCCCGUCUCUGCGGUCCCUGUCGGUGGGGUGGUGCCCCAGUCUGGUGUCGUUUUCGCUUAAUUUGCAGGAGACGCCUUCUCUCGAGGAAUUCAGCUUACUCCGAUGUCCCAAAUUGAUCCCUCAUAGGUUCAAAGGAUUUUCUUUUGCCACCAGCUUAAGAAAAUUGAGCAUCGGUCCCGUCUCCUUAAUGGAUGAUUUUGAUUGGUCUGGCUUAAUAUCUGCUUCAACACUCCGUAGCCUUCAAUUAGAAGCGUUGCAUCACUCGGAGUCCCUGCCACACCAGAUUCAAUACUUGACAGCACUCACUAAACUGAGUCUUCACAACUUUGGAGGAAUAGAAGUGUUACCGGAUUGGAUUGGAAACCUUGUGUCCCUUGAAACCCUAGUACCAUGGAAUUGCGAAAAGCUUUGAUCUUUACCAUCCGAGGCCGCCAUGAGACGCCUCACCAAGUUAACUCGUGUUGAAGUUUAUUAUUGUCCUCUACUAAGACAACGAUACACUCCCCAAAGAGGCAUCUACUUGGAGGAGUAGAUUUCAAGUGAUCCGACGAGUAAUGCAAUGAAUGAUGGUGCUCAAACAUCAGCUUCAUGUUGUUUCCCAUUGUUGCUGAAGAAGAAGAGCUCAGGAGGUAUAUAGUGCACAAAAGUGAUAAUGCAGCACUUCUCUCCCCAAGAACUCUAAGUUUGCAUUCUAGAAGCAGACCUCAUGUUGUUGGACAAAGGACACUGCUGUUACCCAUUGCAUUUUUUACUAGAUUGCCAAGGGACACAAGUUAUUUUUCAUUGACCAGAGGAUUUGAAGAUGAAGGCAGUUAUCAAUGAUGUCAAUUUAGCUCAUUCGAUAGCAUUAGCUUUGAUGGAUGUUUCACAAAUAGUUGGUUUCUCAAACAUAAGUUUUUCGUUAUUUCCUGGUCAGAAUGCAGAAAGGAAGUUUUUAUAUAAACAUAGGUACUUAAUACAAAUGAAACAACGCCUUUCAUUAUUUGUACC